AUGCAGUUUACCCAUUUCCUAUUUACCCUGGCAUGUCUUCAGGUUGCAUGGGCUAUCCCUGCCCCGGAUAACAACCUACGGGGGCUAUUCCAAAUACCGGCCAGCCGUCCCGUAGAAUUGUUCGGCCAACAACCUAUUUCUGGACACCCACCUUUUUCUCCCGGGCAUCGCGACCCGUAUGAUCACAAGGUCGACACUAUUGGCAAUGACCAGCAGCCACUGCCGAUCCGCAAUGGAGAUGGAACAACAGUGAUGGGACCGCGCAAUCGAGAUCGCGAGCGCCAGAACCCUGAUCUUGUUCGUCCGCCGAGUACCGACCAUGGGAGUAUGCGGAAUAUGCGAUGGAGUUUUGCAGAUUCACAUAUUCGGAUUGAGGAAGGCGGAUGGACGCGACAAACGACUAUCCGUGAGCUACCCACUAGCCGUGAACUCGCGGGUGUGAACAUGCGUCUAGACCAAGGGGUAAUCCGCGAACUUCAUUGGCACACGGAAGCCGAAUGGGCGUUUGUGCUUGCUGGAAAAGUACGAGUCACUGCGCUGGACUUGGAAGGUGGCACAUUCAUGGAUGACUUGGAAGCAGGAGAUCUGUGGUAUUUCCCCGCGGGACAUCCACAUUCGCUCCAGGGUCUGGGGGAAAAUGGCACAGAGUUCCUUCUAAUCUUUGACGAUGGCAACUUUUCGGAAGAGUCCACCUUCUUGUUGAGUGAUUGGUUGGCUCACACCCCCAAAGCUGUUCUAGCAGAGAACUUCCGGGUGUCCCCAGAAAAAUUCAACAACAUCCCAACCUCCGAGAAGUACAUAUUCCAAGGCUCAAACCCGGGAACCAUUGACCAGGAAAAACCACGAACCUUUAAGAAGUCCAAGACACAAUUUACACAUCACUUGCUCGCCCAAGAACCACUCGAAACCAGCGGCGGUCGUGUCCGCAUUGCCGAUUCCUCCAACUUCCCAGUUUCCAAAACAGUAGCAGCCGCCCAUCUAGAGAUCGCACCCGGCGCGCUACGCGAGAUGCACUGGCACCCUAACGCCGAUGAAUGGACAUAUUUUAAGAAAGGUCGCGCUCGAGUAACGAUCUUUGCCGCGGAAGGAAAUGCCAGAACGUUCAACUAUAUGGCCGGUGAUGUAGGUAUUGUGCCUCGGAAUAUGGGGCACUUCAUUGAGAACCUUAGUGACGAUGAGCCGCUGGAGGUUCUGGAAAUCUUCCGUGCGGAUCGAUUCCGGGAUUUCUCUCUGUUCCAAUGGCUCGGUAGCUCACCUCGCCGAAUGAUUGUUGAGAAUUUGUUCCCCGAUGACCCUAAGGCUGCGGCAGAAUUCUUGAAGAAGAUCGAAGAUGCUGAAAAGGAUCCUAUCAAAGAUACAAUCUAA